AUGCCGUUGGCGGCUUUUUCUGGUGUGCUUAGGGUUCCCGGUUGUCUCCGCUGCUGUGCGCGCUGGACACGAACCAUAGACGAGUGCGUCUUUGUAAGGCGCUGCCGCUCGAGCAGAACUCCUUUGACACCCCUGCGGCCACUGGGGUGUGUUCGUCAGCAGGAGUCACAUCAGCGACUGCAGGCUAGUCAAGACGUUCCAGAGCUGGUGCAGACGAGCGCGGAGGCGGCUGGAGCGGGACUCGUAGCUGCGGGGGCGUCGCGGUUGGCACCACCGCUGGUGCAGUGGCCGCAAGACACACCCCGAGCGCUGCUUCAGUAUGUGAAACGAGAGGUGCUCGCUGUUGUGCCAGAACCAGACUUGUCGGCUGAGUACCUCUUCAUGGAAGCGCUGAGACGGGCACAGUCCAGUGUUCAGAUGCAGCACCAGCUGAAGCAGCUGCGGCAGCUGCGAUACCAGCACCAGAGGUAUGCAGCGCUCGGACUUGACGCUUCUCAGCGCGACUGGCUGGAUGUUCUUCUGAUUCCGCCGCCAUUGACCCUUCCAGCGUUCAGAGCUGCUGUGAAUGCUUCGGGGAAGUUUUCGCCUGCGCGCCAGACAGUGCGAGAGGAGCAACAUCCAGCGAUGCAUUGGGUAGAGACACUACGCGACGCUAUUCGGGCCGAGUAUCGAGAGCUUUGUAUUCGUAGGCUUUCGCGAGAGCCCGUCCAAUACAUAUGUGGUUCGUGGGCAUUCCACUGCAUCGAGUUGCUUCUACAGCCUCCUGUUCUGAUCCCGCGACCCGAAACCGAGGAGCUCGUGGAGCAUGUGCUGCGCAGCGACUGGGCCCAACGCGCACGAGCAGGUGAAUCCCUGCGCCUUUUGGAUAUUGGGUGCGGCAGUGGAGCGAUUGUGCUCGCGUUGUUGGCGAGUCUGCGGAACACGAAUGUAGCUGCAGUUGCCAUUGAUCCCAAUGAAACUGCGGUUUGGAUAACCGCGGAGAAUGCACGUCGCCUUGGUGUUGCGCUCUACGCAGAGCGCGGCGAUGCGGAGACGCUGCAUCCAUUCCUGCGUAUCCUUCGGUGCGAUAUUCAGACAUUCAAGUCGGAUUUGCUGACGCAAGCUCGAGCGAUGCGCGAUAGCGGUGAACACGAGUUCACCUACGACCUCAUUGUAUCGAAUCCACCCUAUGUAUUGCCUGGUGACAUGGCGACGCUUGCGCCAGAGAUUCGCGACUUUGAAGACCCUGCAGCGUUAUCGGGUCUUGAUGAAGAUGGCAUGCGUAUCAUCCGAGCGAUUUUGAAAGCGUGUGCUGAAGCGCCCAGUUUGCUGGCGCCUGGCGGUGAGCUGUGGAUGGAGGUGGACCCCUCGCAACCGCCAAAGAUUGCUUCAUUGCUCGCAGCGACUGCGAGUGCUGCUUCUUCCGUUACGUUGGAACUAGUCGAUGUGAAGCGGGAUCUUUCGGGGCAUGAGCGCUUUGUGCACAUCCGACGGCCACGUUGA